UAGUAACAAAAAUCAUGUGACGAAAAAGUCCCUAAAAAAAUAAAAAUGUAAUCACGGAGUAAACGAGGCUUAAGCUGCACCCUCACACACACUAUAAAACUCUGCUUUCCCCUAAAUCCGCCAACCUAAAACCAACAACAUUUAGUAAUCAACUCCAAAAGACUCCGCCCUGCGCCACCACCUACUUCCACCAAUAAAUUCACAAUUAACCACUCACACUGAUUUCUAGAGAGAGAGAGAGAGAGAGAGAGAGAGAGAGAGAGAGAGUAAUUCGUCGCCACCACCACCGCCGCUGCAAUGUCGAUCUCGGCCACCCUUAGUUUCACUCCAUCACCGCCGCGGUCCUUUUCUACACACCGCCCGAAUUCGAGCCCCGUAUUUCUACCUCCGUCGGUUUCCUUCGCCGCUAAAACGACGAACGCCGUUUCUCUCGUCGUAAAUCCAGCACGUGGUUCUCUGUUCACAGCCUUCUCCAUCAAUUCCGCCGCCGCAGCCAAUAGCGAAGUCAAUACCAAAUUGUCGAUUGACGGCGGCGAUGGAGGAAUCGGAGGCAACAACAGCGGCGGCGGCGGCGGAGGAGGCGGAGGUAAUGACGGCGGAAAUGAAGGGGGAGAUGACAGCAACAAGAAGAGGAACAAGGGCGAAGCUUUAAUGGCGUUGGCCGAGGCCGGGAGGAGUCUGGAGAGCUUGCCUAGGGAUUUGAAAGCUGCCAUUGAAGAUGGCAGGAUCCCCGGAUCCAUUGUUCUGAAAUUUCUCGAUCUCGAAAAAUCGGGAUUCGUGAAUUGGCUAAUGCAGUUCGGAGGUUUCAAGGAGAGGCUUUUGGCCGAUGAUCUCUUCUUGACUAAAAUUGGCAUUGAAUGCGGCGUCGGAUUAUUCACCAAGACCGCUGCAGAAUAUCAGAAGCGUAAGGAGAACUUUUUCAACGAGCUGGAAAUUGUAUUUGCCGAUGUGGUGAUGGCUAUAAUAGCAGAUUUUAUGCUCGUCUAUCUUCCCGCGCCUACGGUUUCUCUCCGGGCCCCACUUGGGCUCGAUGCAGGGCGCCUUGCUAAGUUCUUUUACAACUGUCCAGAUAAUGCAUUUCAGAUUGCUUUGCCCGGAGCCUCGUUUUCAUUCCUACAGAGAAUAGGCGCUAUAGCGCGGAAUGGUGCAAAGCUGUUUGCAGUUGGCACUACAUCGUCUCUGGUUGGUACAACUGUGACAAAUGCAUUGAUAAAUGCCCGUAAAGCGGUCGACCACUCUACUGCAGAGGAGGUGGAAAAUGUUCCCAUACUAUCAACAAGUGUUGCCUAUGGUGUCUACAUGGCAGUAUCGAGCAACCUUCGAUACCAGCUAUUGGCUGGUGUUGUAGAGCAACGGAUUUUAGAACCGGUCCUUCAUCAACACAAGUUGUUGUUGAGUGCUAUUUGCUUUGCUGUGCGAACAGGCAACACUUUCUUGGGUUCAUUACUGUGGGUCGAUUAUGCUCGUUUAAUAGGUAUCCAAAAGGCUCACGAUGUAGAGUCGAAAGUGGUAAUCGCUAAUUGAAUAACCAGUUCACCUAUUACUUUGGCUUAGUUAGAUUUUCUGGUUUGCGCGUUGAACUUCGAUCUAUGAUGGCGAAAAUUGUAAUCUGCUUAUUAUACAUUCAUCGAAUGCUUUUCUAUUACAGCGCAGAUUUUAUGUACUCAGCAAACAAGUUAUGUAUGUGAUUUCUGCUACUGAUUCUUCUAUUCUAUCAUAAAGAUUUUAAAUAA